AUGAAAUUGAAGCCUCCAAACGGAACAGAUCCGUUGGCCGUGCCACCAGAGACCAAGGGAAGGAGCUGGACUAGGCCAGCAGCAGCAGCAGCAGCAGCAGCAGCAGCAGCUGCAGCGACAGCUGGAGCAGCAGCUGCUGCAGCACCAGCUGCAGCAGCAGCAGCAGCAGCUUCUGCCAAUAGAGACUUGGCGCUUCUAAUGCGGCUGCAGGGAACAAGUGAAAAGGCCUUGAAGCGGCCGCAGAAGCAGCAGCUGCUGCAGAAGCAGCAGCAGCUGCCGCUGCAGCGGCUGCUGCAGCAGCGGCGGGGCCACCCAAAACAACAGAAGCUGCAACACUCGCAAACCAACGAGCAACAGCAGCAGCAGCAGCAACAGUUGCAGCAGCAGCAGCAGGAGCAGCAGCAGCAACUGCAGCAGCACGCGAAGCACACAGGACAGGAAAAGAAUGGGCCCAGCAAAAUGCACACUGGAUUAGCUGCCUCUAAAACGCUGCCCGACAGCAGCAGAAGCUUCACGGAAGCUGCGGACAACAGCAGCAGAUGCAGCAGCAUUGACAGCAGCAGCAGAAGCAGCAGCAGCAGCAGGAGCAGCAGCCACUCUAUUAAUCAUAGGAGUGGCUCCUCGUGCGAAAAGCAUGGUCUUGAUUCAAGCAAUGGCAGCAGAAACUGCAACAGCAGCAAGAGAAGCAGUAGCAGCAAGAGCAGCAGCAGCAGGAGCAGCAGCAGCAAAGACAGCAGCAGCAGCGGCAGCGGCAGCAGUACCCGGCAGGAACCCGGCUUGCUAAUGCCUCUUGCUGUGUCCCAAAACGAUGCUGCUUCUGGUGCAGCAGCUGCUGCGCUGCAGCGGCUGUCAGCAGCAGCAGCAGCAGCAGCACCAGCUGCUGCUGCUACAGAGCCAGUACCACAUCAGACUGCCUCCAGCCCAAGAUGGCAUAGCAGCAGCGGCAGCAGCAGCAGCAGCAGCAGCAGCAGCAGACGUAGACGCAGCCACAGCAGCGAAAGCAGCAGCAACGGUGCCAGAAACAGCAACAGCACCAGUCGCAGCAGCAGCAGCAACAACAGCAGAAUGGCAACAAAGCUAAGUGAGGACUUUAGGGUGUCUAGACACCUAACAGCAAAUAAAAACUUUAAUAAUGGUACUUGGGGGCCCCCCUGUGGGGCCCCACACAGAAAGAGUAGGCCUGCAGGAAGGGGGGCCCCCAGAGCUGGCAAAGCGACGCUGCUGCCAGCAGCAGCAACUGCAGCAGCAGCUGCAGCAGCAACUGCAGCAGCAACUGCAGAAGCAAAUGCAGCAGCAACUGCAGCAGCAAGACACAAGUUAAAAAGCAGAAUUGCAGAGGCUGCAGCAGAACUGGACACGGCACGGACUGAAAAGCAACCAGCGAUAGCGGAGAAACGGCAGCAGCCGCAGCAGCAGCAGCAGCAGCAGCAGCAGCAGCAACAACAGCAGCAACAGCAGCAGCAGCAGCAUAUGCCACAGAAAACUGCCCGCGCCAAUGCGCUCAACAGCUGCUGGUAUGACCCUAAAGAAAAUGCUGCAGGAGAAUUUUUCCCUUCCAGUCUUUCUUCGGGUUUCCCUACAGCAGCAAAAGCAGCAGCAGCAGCAGCAGCAGCAGCAGCAGCAGCACCUCCAUCUGGCGACGCACAAAGAGGCAGCGCAAAUUUUGGCCUAUGGGGCCCCUUGGAUGAGGAGGCCUCUGCCCUAUCAAAUGGCAAAUGCUCCAAAAUGUCAAACACUGCAGCAGCAGCAGCAGCAGCUGCUGCAGCAGCAGCAGGAGCAGCAGCAGCAGAGGGACACAAUGGGAAGCCGCGACCUCCACGGACACAAAACAGCACAAAGAACUUUUGCUGGGACCGCAGCAGCAGCAGCAGCAGCAGCAGCAGCAAAAGCAGCUGGAAACGUUUAGCAACACCCGAAGAGGCUCUGUGGAAUGCCUCGAACUGCGCUGCUGCUGCAGCAGCCGCAGCAGAACAGCAGCAGCAGCAGCAGCAGCAACUUAGGUCAUCUGACAUCACCAAUGGCUGCUCUGGUCACUUGCUGCAGCAGCUGCAGCAGCGCACAACCACAGCAGCAGCAGCAGCAGCAGCACCUACAGCAAAGCCGCAGCAAAUCAGCACAACACAGUUCCUUAACGGCUGCGACAUAUUUGGAGAAGACAAAGUCAAGGAAGCAGUAUCAGGCGCAGCAGCAGCAGCAGCAGCAGCAGCAGCAGCAGCAGCAGCAGCGGCUGAAGGAGCAGCAGUAGCUGAAGGCGCAGCAGCAACAGCAGAGGCACCAGAGGCACAUCAACAACUGGGCCACAACAGCUUUACUGACUGGGAGGCAGUGGCAGCAAAAUGGACGGCAGCUGCAGCACAGCAGCAGCAGCAACAGCAGCAGCAGCAACAGCAGCAACUCCAGGCGCCCUCUCUCUUUGCUGCAGCAGCAAACUCACCACAGAUGCUGGGGGCCCCAGCAGCGCCGCUGCAGCACCCCGGGCCCUUUCAGCUGUACGUACACCAGCUGCUUCAGCAGCAGCAACAGCAGCAGCGACGCUUCAGUCAGCAGCAGCAGCAGCAGCAGCAGCAGCAACAGGGACAGCAGCAGCAGCAGCAGCCGCAAUCCACGCAAAACCAUUGGCGAGUAUUCCCUUCAACGCAGCAGCAAGAGACCCCACAGAGGGCCCCUCGAUAUUGUUUCUUGGGGCCCCCCUUGGGGGCCCCUUUGGGGGCCCCUUUGGGGGCCCCCUUGGGGGCCCCAUUGGGGGCCCCUUUGGGGGCCCCUGUGGGCGCCCCUGUGGGGGCCCCCUUGGGGACCGCUGUGGGGGCCCCCUUGGGGGCCCCCUUGGGGGCCCCUUUGGGGGCCCCCUUGGGGGCCCCUUUGGGGGCCCCUUUGGGGGCCCCUUGGGGGGCCCCUUGGGGGGCCCCUUUGGGGGCCCCUUUGGGGGCUCCUUUGGGGGCCCCUGUGGGGGCCCCCGUGGGGGUCCCUGUGGGGGCCCCUACGGGGGCCCCUAUGGGGGCCCCUCUGGAGGCGCGCUUGGGGGCCCCUCCAGGGGCCCCAAGCACUUCGCAUUUGUCUGCUGCGUCUGGGGCUUUGCUGCCAGGAGCAGCAGCAGCUGGGGGCCUCCAAACAUCCUUCAGAAGCAGCAAAAGCAGCAGCAGCAGCAGCAGCAGCAGCAGAGGGGGCCCCACAGUGCCGCGGGGGCAGCGCAGAAGGGCGUUGUGCAUAGGCUGUCUUUACGAGGGAACAUUCUGCACGCUUAAGGGAGCUGCAGCAGAUGCACGGCGCUGGGCUUCGAUUGCCUCUGAGCAUCUUGGCUUCACAGAAGUCCGACCCUAUGCGAUGCUGAACCCCGCCUUAUCCGUAACUACGCAGUCUCUUCUCAUCCUCCGACCCACGAAAACAUUAUGCGGGGGCUGCAGUGGCUGGUGGAAGACGCAGCAGCAGGAGAUGUGCUGCUGCUGUUCUUUUCCGGCUGCAGCAGCAGCUUGGUUGCUGCUGAGCAGCCGGAGGGCCCCUGCACUUUCUUUUGAGUCUCCAGCACCCCCCAGCGAAUGGAAGAGCUGCAGCUCCUGCUGCAGCAGCAGAAGCAAGUGCAGCACAGUUGCUUUCAGUGCAUCACAAAAGAACAGCAGCAGCAAAAGCCAGAGAAGCAGCAGCAAGCAAGGGGCCCCCCAGCCUUACCUGGGGGGCCCCCCCUCUGAAGGACCCUAUUUGCACACUAGCUGCACAACUGCCUCACGCUGCAGCAGCAUCAGAAGCAGCAGAAGCAGAAGCAGCAGCAGCAGCAGCAGCAGCAGCAGCAAGGGCCCCUCCGUGGGGCCCCCCUACAGCAGCGCCGCAGCAGCAAUUGACCAUCAGGGGGCCCCUAAAGAGUGGGGGGCCCCCACUUUGAGGGGGCCCCCCUCUCUCAGGGGGCCCCCCUCUAUUGGGGGGCCCCCCUCUAUUGGGGGGCCCCCCUCUAUUGGGGGGCCCCCCUCUAUUGGGGGGCCCCCCAGAUGGGGGGGCCCCCCAAUAGAGGGUACUGCUGAUGCCUUUAGUUUAAGGAGAGGCAGCAUUUGUUCUUUGGCCUCCUUAGCAACGCAGUCUGCAGCAGCAGCAGGGGCCCCCUCAGCAGCAGCAGAAGCAGCAGCAGCAGCAGCAGCAGCAGCAGCAAGUGCCAACCCUGGGGACCCCUUGCUGCUGCUGUCUCCAGGAUCUGCUGCGCAGCUAAAAGAAAGCCUCCGCUUUCAGGUGUACGUACACUGCGUGACAGACCUGAAUGCAGCACAAGUGAGGGGGCGGCAGCUGCAGGUGCGCCUUGCUGCAGUGCAGCAGCAGCAGCAGCAGCAGCAGCAGCAGCAGCAGCAGCCGCGGCAGCAGCAGCAGCUGCGUCCAGGGGCGGGGGUGAUGGAGGACGGGGAGGAGGAGAUGAGCCGCGCUGCUGCUGCGCUGCUGCAGCCUGCUGCUGCGAGUCGCAGCAGCAGCACAGCUGCUGCUGCUGCUGUGACCAAUGGUCUUUGCUGCUUGCCUGUUCAGCAGCUGCUGCAGUGCAGCCUUCCUGCAGCAACGGUAGGCAGCCCCGCUGCUGCUGUGCCUGCUGCUGCUGCGCCUGCUGCUGCUGCUGCUGCUGCGGCAGCAGCUAAUGCUGCUGUUGAUGUUGAUGCCGCUGUUAAUGCUGCUGCUGUUCCUUCUAGUGCUGCUGCUGCUAAUGCUGCUGCUGCCGUUGUGCCGUUGCCGUUGCUGCUGCUGCUGCUUCUGCUGCUGCUGUUAUUGCUAAUCCUGUUGCUGCUGCUGCUGCUGCUGCUGCUGCUGAGGCUGCAGCAGGCCUUUUUGGGAGGAUAA